GGGAGUGCGCACGCGCGGAGCCCUGAGGUGGUGUGAACUGCGCAUGCGCCUCCUCGAGGGGGACGGAAACAUGGCGCCGGGAAGCAGGACAUGUUGAAUAAUGUUCCGCAUCAGACUCUUCAAUUGGGUUACCUCUGGAACAGUUUUGUGAGAUCCUUGCAGCUAGAAAUUGGAGGUUUCCUCGCUCUUGAAGCAUGCCUGAAAUAAAAGUCACUCCUUUAGGAGCGGGCCAAGAUGUGGGCCGAAGCUGCAUCCUUGUGUCCAUUGCAGGGAAGAAUGUCAUGCUGGAUUGCGGGAUGCACAUGGGGUACAAUGAUGAUAGGCGGUUUCCUGAUUUCUCAUACAUCACUCAGAAUGGACGGCUGACUGACUUCUUAGACUGCUUAAUCAUCAGCCAUUUCCAUCUGGACCACUGUGGCGCCCUCCCGUAUUUCAGCGAGAUGGUUGGCUACGACGGGCCCAUUUACAUGACCCACCCAACCAAAGCCAUCUGCCCCAUCCUCUUGGAGGACUUCCGGAAAAUCACGGUGGACAAGAAAGGCGAGACCAACUUCUUCACCUCCCAAAUGAUUAAAGAUUGCAUGAAGAAAGUGGUGGCUGUCCAUCUUCAUCAAACCGUUCAGGUAGAUGAUGAGUUGGAGAUCAAAGCCUAUUACGCCGGGCACGUCCUUGGAGCGGCCAUGUUCCAGAUUAAAGUUGGCUGUGAGUCCGUGGUUUACACUGGUGACUACAACAUGACCCCGGACAGACACUUGGGAGCUGCCUGGAUUGAUAAAUGCCGCCCCGACUUGCUCAUUUCGGAGUCCACUUACGCCACGACGAUUCGGGACUCCAAACGCUGCAGAGAGAGGGACUUCUUAAAGAAAGUCCACGAAACCAUAGAACGAGGAGGGAAGGUCCUGAUCCCGGUGUUUGCCUUGGGACGCGCUCAGGAGCUUUGCAUUUUGCUGGAGACUUUCUGGGAGCGCAUGAACCUCAAGGCGCCCAUCUACUUCUCCAUGGGCCUGACGGAGAAGGCCAACCACUACUACAAGCUCUUCAUCACCUGGACCAACCAGAAGAUCCGCAAGACCUUUGUCCAGAGGAACAUGUUUGAGUUCAAGCACAUCAAGGCCUUCGACAGGGCGUUUGCUGACAACCCGGGGCCAAUGGUUGUGUUUGCUACGCCAGGGAUGCUUCAUGCAGGGCAGUCCCUCCAGAUCUUCAAGAAAUGGGCUGGAAAUGAGAAGAACAUGGUGAUCAUGCCGGGAUAUUGCGUGCAAGGAACGGUGGGCCAUAAAAUCCUAGGUGGGCAGCGGAAGCUGGAAAUGGAAGGAAGACAAAUUUUAGAGGUGAAGAUGCAAGUGGAAUAUAUGUCCUUCAGCGCCCAUGCGGACGCCAAAGGCAUCAUGCAGCUCAUCCGCCAAGCAGAGCCACGCAACGUCCUCCUGGUCCACGGCGAGGCCAAGAAGAUGGAGUUCCUGAAGCAGAAGAUCGAGCAGGAAUUCCACGUCAACUGCCACAUGCCUGCGAAUGGAGAGACGGUGACGGUUUUCACCAACCCCAACAUCCCUGUUGAUGUUUCCCUUGGACUGUUGAAGAGAGAACUCAGUAUUGGUCCUGUGCCGGAUUCCAAGAAGCCAAAGCUCAUGCACGGAACCCUGAUCAUCAAGGAUAAUAGCUUCCGCCUGGUCUCGCCGGAGCAAGCGCUCAAGGAGCUCGGCCUGGGAGAGCACCAGUUGAGGUUCACCUGCCGCAUCCACUUCCAGGACCCUCGCAAAGAGCACGAGGCGGGCCUUCGCGUUUACAACCACCUCAAGAGUGUCCUGAAGGAUUAUUCUGUCCAGCACCUCUCCGACACCUCCAUCAUGGUGGAGUCCAUUCUGAUCCAAGUUACCGUGCAGUCAGAAGACCCUGCGACCAAACUUCUGCUGGUGUCAUGGACGUACCAGGAUGAAGAAAUGGGUAGCUAUGUGACUUCUCUCCUGAAGAAAGCGCUGCCCCAAAUCACUGCCUAAGCCCUGGGUAUCUUUGGGAGGCCAUAGCAGAGACUGCCAUAAAAGGACACUGUAAAUAUUGGUGUUGCUCAAGAGGGUGUGCGUGUGUGUAUAUGCUUCUCAAAGAAAAAUAAAGAUGUUUUCUAAA